AAGGAGCUGGACAAGCCGCCAAAGUUUAAAUUUACUUUUAACAACAUAAAAGUUUAAAGCAACGCCACAAAGAAGACUCUCGUCUAAAAUUGAAUCUAUACAGCUUUUAUAUACAGCUGUUUCAAUAACCAAACUCAGUUUUAUAUUUAGACACAAAUUAUUCAUACAUGUUUUUAAAAUUGUAACGGAAAAGGUCAUAAAAGGUUUUUAGUAUAUUGACGGGAACGUCUUGAAGGUAUUUUUUAAGACCUAGCUUGCCUAUAACGUACGGUACCUUUAAACUAAUCCCACGUGUUGAGUCGUUCUUAUCAAAUGCCGAUUACUGUUUGGCAUUAAACCAAUGGAUUCCCUAAACAACGGAUGGUUCAGCGAACUGCAGGCUGAUCUAUGGCCUGGACAGUCCUUCUCCUUGAAAGUAAAGGAAGUCAUUCACAAGGAGAAGUCAAAGUUUCAGGACAUUCAAAUCGUCGAAACGGAGACAUACGGAAGAUGCUUGAUUCUGGAUGGAAUUAUACAGUGCACUGCUCGAGAUGAGUUCUCGUACCAGGAAAUGAUAUCCUUCCUGCCUCUUUGCGCCCACCCGAAUCCCAAAAAGGUUCUCAUUGUAGGCGGUGGCGACGGAGGCGUGGCACGCGAAGUGGUGAAGCAUCCUUUGGUCGAGGAAGUGCAUCAGGUGGAGAUCGACGACCGAGUGGUGGAGCUCUCCAAGCAAUAUUUACCAGCUAUGGCGUGCGGAUUCGAAAACGAAAAGUUAAAGCUGACCAUUGGAGACGGCUUCGACUAUAUGAAGAAUCACAAGAACGAAUUUGACGUUAUCAUCACCGACAGCUCGGAUCCAAUUGGUCCGGCAGUGAGUUUGUUCCAAGAGAGCUACUACGAGCUAAUGAAGCACGCUCUUAAAGAAGACGGAAUCGUGUGCUCCCAGGGUGGAAGUUUCUGGCUGGACCUCGACUAUAUCAAGAAAACCAUGUCGGGAUGCAAGGAACACUUUGCCAAAGUGGCCUAUGCUGUCACCUCGGUGCCUUCUUAUCCUUGUGGCCACAUUGGCUUUGUCAUGGGCUCUCUGAACAAAAAUCAAGACUUUGUUACUCCUAAACUGGGAAGCUCUGAGAUUAAUGCCUUAGAUUUAAAAUACUACUCCUCUGACAUUCAUUCGGCGGCUUUUGCCCUGCCCCGAUGGGUUCAAAACCAUUUUUACAAUUGACCAUGCGAUAUACAUUUGUUACAAAAUAAAAAUCACAAAAAACAAA